AUGUUUAGUACUGAAACCAUGAUGACUGCAAUGACCAGCGCCAUGUCGGCGGUACCACGCCGGUCGUCCAGACGCCUUUCUGACUUCUCCGAUAUAGCAUAUCUUACCGUGGCAUUCGACGGAUUCUCGCUAACCGAGAAGCAAAAGCAGUUGAUUAAGGUUGGCUAUAAGAAAUGGUGUGAAAAUGCUACAGAAACUGUUGGUGAAUGGGUAUACCAGUAUAUUUUUCAAAAAUUUCCAUCAAUGAAGAUGAAAUUUGACAAAAAUCCAGAAUUGCUUAGCGAUCAUGAACGAAAAAUUACAGAUAUAGUUGAGAUGGCCGUCGAAAGUGUAGACUCUUUAGAUGACUCAUUGGGCUCAUUUUUAGUCAGUUAUCCAAGCGAAGGCAAAUUUUUAGGUGAACCAGAUGGAUUUGAUCGAGCCUAUUGGGAAGUGGUUUCCGAAGCUUUGUGCCAACUAUCUCGUCAAUUUCCGAUAAAAACUCAUAAGUCAGACACAAUUUUGGCAUGGCGUAUAGUAAUAUUAUUCAUUAUGAAUAAAAUUGAAUACGGAUUUCGUUUGGAAAAAAAACGUGAUAGUAACUCUGAAUAA